GAGGUUUGAGAUAGUUCGAUAAAGUUAUACAAAUUUUAUGUAUUCUAGUUUGUAUUUUUGUUUUAAUUCAUCCAGAUUGAUCACUCAAUUUUGUUCGAUUUGAUAGCGGAAAACAGCAGUGCGAGCAAUUCAACAUAUUGAAGAUAUCUUUCUAUCGAGUUUUGACAGUUCCAGCAAGUUAGAUCUAAACAUUUCGUGAAAAGCUGAAAGUGUUAUAUGGAGUAGGUAGUGUUUUGCAUUUUGCUUGCGUAAAAAUAUCACCAGUCACACGCGGACCACUCGUCGUGACGGACUACGUACUGAUAGUAUAGGAAACUUGCAGUGUUUUCCACGAUUGAAAAAAGUUGACCCUGUCCUAGCGGUUAAUGCGGAAAGUCGUGUCACCAGUAUAAUAUCGGUUACACAAAUCAAUUAAAAACUACAGUUUGUUGAUGAACGGGUCAUCAAUUUCGAAAGCGUUUGGGCUGCUGGACGUUCCUAUGCAACACUACGGAUGCAGCGAGAAAUGAGUAAUAAUUGAAUAAUAAAAAUGGUGGAUAGGAGCAAUAGUAAAUAUACUACCGGAGUGCGGGACUAAAGAAGUAUUUAUAUAUUGGAAGAAAUAUUACCUUCAAACAGACGUUCGCUCGCACAUACCCGCUUUUUAUUUGUGUAAGAGGCAUCUAUUUCUUUUAUUAAUGUAAACAAGUAAAUGUUGAGACAUAUAUUCAACGAGAUCACCAUAAAGUGUUGUGGAUAGAUUUACAAACUCGCGGAGGAGUUUCCAGCAGGACUGUAUAAGGCGAAUUGGAGAAAUUGCUCUCCGUACACCGCACUUGGCUAUAAUUAUACAGAAUAUGUGGUGAAUGGUAGAAAGCUUCAAUCUUAGUGCAACUUUAGAGUAGUAUCGGCAGACGCAGUGCACGAGACUACCGUAGUUCUAUAUCCGUGGUAAGACACAAGUUGGCACGUAUGCGCACAUGGUCUUAGAAGCGGGAUUGCGUGAAACUAAGCGAGCUAAACACCCACAAGAAAAACAACAAUCGUCGGUGAAUUUUGUUUGUAAAUUGCGGAACAGAAUACUUAAACGGGUGUAAUUCAGCUCUAUUAUAAGUUAACACUGUGGUAUGGCCCAGCAGAAGCCGAAGAUGAAAGUUAAUAAAAGUGAAAUUCGUGUAAUUAAACUUAAGUACAUAAAUGAAUCGGUAAAAUGAGCGGUGUUCGCUGCCUUUCAAUCGGCACUGUCAAACAAUCAAUGUCUGACGAACGGUUUGAAACCCUCGUGCACAUAGAAACUAAGCUCAAUCCGUCAGACAGGCAGUAUGGUUGAUUUGGCUUAUUAGUGCAAUACAACGAAACAACAAGAAAAUGUUCACCUCGCUGGUGCAUUUUAAACGUAACAUUGCAGAGCUUAAGAAUUGCUACGUUGAUCAGGUGAAAGUUCAAGUGACUGAUACCGUGCUUAUCACUAAACGCUUAUUCGACACAGAACAUGAUGAUGAGUGCGUUUGAUAGUCGGUUAUUGAAAAUUUCUUUACUAAUUCGUUUAGUGCAAGUUAGAUGAAUCGGAAAAGUGCUGCUGCGAAACUGGAAAAGUAGCAAAAAGGUUUUAAAUUCGUGUUGGCUCUAAGUACACGUAAUGUUGAAAAGAAAACGUCGUAAUCAUUCAUGUGCAAGUGAUGUUGUAAUCUGUGCGUUCGAAGGGCAAAACUGCCGGAUUUGUGAUUUCAAAAAGUGCUGAAAAGAGCUGUAUAAAAUCAAAACACUUAAAUAACUCACAGAAACAACGCUAAGCAGAAGAAAUAAAACGAAUCUAACCAAUUGAGUCAAUGAAACUAAUGUGAUGUGGAUGGAUGAAAUUAGCAGUGCGAUGAUCCAUUUCGCAAGAAGCUACGUUUUGUGCAGCAGGUUCGAACCGUCCAUCUACAGAAUGUACCACUUUGCGAACAGCACAAUGAGCUCACCGACCAGCCAAUUUUUCAAGUUCCUAGCAAGAUUCUCAGGAAGGAGACGGAUAAGUUAUCGGUUACGAAGGCUAUCCAACCUGUUUUUUCCCUACGUUGCAAUUUUCCUAAUAUUAAGUACAGUCUGCAGAGUAACAGAUGCUUGUUCGAGUCGGACAACACCUAAACCUCGUCCACCUAGUCCGACGCCCCGACCAAAUAUUACAUUCCAUACCUACAAGUGCCCGCCGGCUUACGCGGCCUGGUACUGUCUCAACGAAGCGACCUGCUUCACUGUUAAAAUUGGUGAUUCAUUGUUGUAUAAUUGCGAGUGUGCUGAUGGUUAUAUGGGUCCUAGGUGUGAAUACAAAGAUCUCGACGGAUCUUACCUGCCAACUCGGCCUCGUGUGAUGCUGGAGACUGCAAGCAUAGCGAGUGGUGCCAUUGUCGCAGUGGUUCUAGCAACGAUAGUUUGCUGUUACAUUUGUGUACACAAGCACCAGCAGAAGAAAAAAAGACUGGAAAGUGCGAACGGUGAUGUCGACACGGUGGACGGCGUGCUGCGGACCGUGCGAAGUGACCAACCGAAGCGACCUUUCGGGCCGCAUCAUCUGCGCACGAUACCGAUGAGCGAAUCGCUGAAUCGAUAAACUCCAGCCAUUAGAAAAUAGUAUAUUUAAAAGACAAAUGAAUGCCUUUUCUACAAGGAGCAGAACACCUCAGAGAAAACGUUGCAGCAAAAUUCCGUUUAAAAAUUGGGAAUAAAACGACCAGUUGAAACGGUGUUCCGGUGUAUAACUCAAUGCUGCCAUGAAUUCUUACAAACCUCUAAUAUAUUGGAGCUACACCUAGAGAUAAUGGACGAAACAUCCGAUUCCUUUGCGGAUGGCAGUCGAAUAGACGUCCUUCAGUAGCAAUCACUGUCACAGCUAUGCCGGAAUUUUACACCACGGAAAUGUUCUAGAUCAAGCGUUGAUGCUUAUAAGCAGAGCGUUUAGUUUGUAGAGACACAAACAGUUACUUUUAUACAUGUGCAUUGUACUACUGAUAUUAACAACAGGUGCCUCUAUAGUUAUAAAUGAUUUGUGAUUCCGAGAAUGCAGCAAAACAAGUGGAAAAUAACUGACAUUUAGUUUAUUCAGACAUGUUUAGGUAUAAAAGAAUAACGAAAAUGAAACGGAAUGCCGCUCACCUAAAGAACUCUAAAUUAUGAGUUAAGCUUACAAGAUAAACAGUGCUCUGCCGUUCUCAGUUACUAACUUUUCGGCCAAAACAAAGUAGAAAAAAAAACGUCGUGAUAACUAAUUUGUAAUUAAUGAAAUAGUAGGUUAAAAUUUUGAUCAUUUUAAAACAUGCCACCGGUUUUAAUUUAUGCAGUAACUGAGACGGUUAGAUAGAAUUUUAGCUAGGUUCGGCAAAUUGACAUUCUUCUCACAGAGAAAUGGACUAGCCGUCACUAAUCUUGCCAAUUCAAAAGAAAAGAGGAUCGCAACAAAUUUUAACACAAUACUUAACGUGCCAUCUUCUAAUUUCGGUUCGUUUCGCGGCUGUGCCAAAGCUGGCACAGUACUUGCUGAAGGAAAAGAAUAUAAAUACGCUCGCGUAGACAUCUUGCGGUCAAUAGCCACAAUAACGACAUUUUCGUCGAGAAGACGAAGGAAGCAUUUAAGACUAUGCUGAAUGAAAACCAGGCGGAAGUAAGCAGCUCAGUUCAUCGUAGGAAACACAGUGGGACACUGACAAUUUUUUUUUCUUUUAAAAACCCAGCCAGACUAAGUCGAUGCAAAAGAACUAAUUUAUUUGUACAGAUAUGCCAAAAUAACGAAGGUUGUAAUAAUCUUUACACUAUUUUAACUGUUACGAUAUCCUUUCCAGAUUAGCCGCAGCUUUAGAACUUACCUGCUUCAUUUAUUUAAUUAUUUAUUUUAGUUAUUCCAUUGUCUUGACAUGUUAAAAAUUUCUCUAAGUGAGACAACUCGGGAGAUGUAUUUGUUUUUGGAAACGACUAGUGAAAAAUGAAACGUGAUAGCCUAAAAGAAAUCAUUUCAUCAAAUGAUUCUCAUUCAUAUUCCCUACUGUAAAAGAAACGAUACAGAUCCGGUAACCAGCAGACUUGUAAAGAGAACGGAGAAUAUACCUGUACAGUUUACGCUGCAAUAACUACCAAUUACUGAAACUGAAACUGAAACGCAUUGAAUUGAGAGCACUCGGAGAAGGAAAUACAGAAAUAAUUAAUUUAUAUACAUCUUCAUAAACUUAUCGAAAUCACCAGUGUGAGGAAAAGGACUUCCUUACAAUUAACGAGGUAGCAUGUAAAUAUAAUUUUUUCUGGAAAACAAGCCGUAAAACAAGACCGACAUCUCGUCUUUGCACGAAUUGUUUAAUUUUAGUUUAGGCAGAUAUUUUAAUUAAUAGGUAGAUAGAUACUUUUAUUUAAUUACUUAUUUCCGAUCAAUUCCGGUUCCGUUGAGUCCAAAGGUAACGUUUUUCCUGUUACGAAACCAUGCGGAAAUUGUGAACAUUGGCUGCUUUUUUGAAACGAUUGACGGUGUCUUCUUCUAUUGACAGUAUUUGUUAGGCUAUGUUCGAAAAGAGUUUGCCAUUUUUGUUUUUGAUAAAUCGGAAAUAUUCAGCAGUUUUAUUGUGUACAUCCACAUUCCUAUUGCGGAGAUGAUAUUGGAAGACCCGUGCACCGGAAAUAUACUGAAGGCAGCGCAAUGAUUCUUACCAAACUGAUUGCACGUGUAUUAUAUUUAUUUGUAAAAAAGAGAUCAUAUUAUCUUUUUGUAUAUUUUUGAGCUUUAAAUAAA